AGCAGGCAGUUCAAUAGCGACCGUCCCUCGUGAUAAUCACCCACAAUGAAGAUUCUCCUUGUACUGGCAUGUGUCCUCCUCCUGGCGUCCUUUAGCCAGGCUGAUGGACACGGGGGAGGACAUGGAGGUGGACAUGGUGGAGGCUAUGGAGGCGGGCACGGAGGGGGACACGGUGGAGGCUACGGUGCUGGUGGCCACGGAGGCGGCUAUGGUGGUGGACACGGAGGCUAUGGAGGAGUCGGUGGUACAUCUAGCAACAAUUAUAACAUUGCUGGUCCCAAGGGUGGAUAUGGUCAUGGUGGUGGACAUGGCGGUGGACACGGUGGCGGCUACGGUGGUGGACAUGGUGGUGGCUACGGUGGUGGUCAUGGCGGUGGACAUGGUGGUGGCUACGGUGGUGGUCAUGGCGGUGGACAUGGUGGUGGCUACGGUGGUGGUCACGGUGGACACGGCGGCGGCGGUUAUGGCCAUAGGAAGUAGGUGUUUUAUCUCAGUACAACCAAAAACCACGAAGGAGGAAAACUCGUCGAUAUUCAAGACUACCUGAAGCACCUCACUCUUCUAGACACGAGUGUGAGAAUUCGUGUGUGUUGUAGAGACUCAAAUAUAUAUUUUCUUUUAAUAUA